GGCAGCUGCACUUACCCUUGCUUGCUGCACGGGCCAUCAGGACAGCCUCCUUUCUUCAUAAAAACAUCUGUGGUUAUCACUGACUAAAUAGCCUCCCUUCUGAGCCAUGAACCCUCACCGGACACAGCGUGAAGUCUUCCAGCGUCUUUCCUCCCAGCUCUGCUGCACAGAGUCCGGGCUGGAGGCCACUCAGAGGCCAACACCUCCAACAAGGUGGCCUGGGGAGCCCGUGUCCAGCCCUAUCAACAAAGCCAGGACCGAGGUGCCUGCCGCCGCACCCCCAGUGAUGUCCCAGCCAGGGCCCCGCGGGACAGGGGGUGUCGCUCUGCCUCCCACUCCUGGGGUGGCCGCGCCGCACCCGGGGGUUGCCCGCCCGCACUGCCUGCGUGGACAGUGUCUCUGGGGCCGCGGAGCUUGCAGGGGUAAGGCUCCCCAGCUGUCUCUGCUGGCCACGACGCUGCCAGCAGCCUGCAGCAGUGGUUUCUGCAGGAGGAGGAUGCACCUUCCUUCCCAUAGGACAGACAGUACGCGCCCUCCACCUGGCCCUCCGCGGCGCUCUCGGCCGGGCCUGCCUCACUAGCCCCUGUCCCUCUGCGCUUACAUCACCUGUCCUGUGUUGCAGACAGACGGUUGCCUCCUUCCAGAUUGUUCUCCUCCCUCCCUUUCUUUCAUUCUACCUCUUCAUGUGCAAUCCUCCUUCAAGAUUUAGGUAACAUGGUGCUGCCUCCUGGGAAAGGGCUCCUGGUUCCUCCCAUCAGAUUACACUCUUUCUCACUUGCCCAUCCGUUUAGUUUUUCUCCGACAACCUACACUUUAUUAGGCUUUAUGUUUUAAAAAUUAUCAUUUGCACACAUAUUUAAAAAAAUACUCUCCAUUUUCCUGAACUGGUGAUCCCAGGGAAAAUGUGUUCAACUAAUCCUUUUUAUCUCCUUGAGGUCCUAGUCCAGUAUCUUUCACAUAAUAGUUAUCGUACCCUUUAGGUGGGAUUUGUAAGAGGUUCAAGGAAGUAGGACAGUGAUGGGUACAGAGUUAAAAUUAGAUGAAAGGAGUGAGUUCUGUGUUGUAUUGCACAGCAUGGCCACGGCCUUUACAAUAUUAUGUUGAAUAUUUCAGUCACUAGAAGCAAGGAAUUUGCACAUUCUUACCACAGAGAAAGGAUAGAUGCACGUGGUGAUGGCUCCACUAACCACCCUGAUUUGAUUGUCGCGCAAUGCAUACAUGUAUAAAAACCUCCCACUAAGUUGCACAUUGUGGCACACAUCUGUAAUCCUAGCACUCUGCGAGCCAGAGGCAGGAGGAUUUCAAGUUUUAGCUCAGUCUGGACAA